AUGAUAGUUCUAAAGGGCAGAGAAAAGCUUCCUGUGGACUUUUUACCCCAAAGAGAGAAGCAUGGCGUAGAAAAGGUGAAAGAUAAUAAAGAUCCAAAUAAUUCAAGAACAGAACAGCAGAAGAGGAAACCACGCAGUCUAGAGAAUAAGGAUGAAAUGAAAGAGAGAGGGCAUUGGACUGAGGACAUGAGGGAUGAUGCACUUGAGCCUGUAGAUUUGUACAGUAGGAAUUUGACUGUAGUGGAUCUUGGUCCUAAGGCCGAGGAUGUGAAGAAGCCCAUAAACCCAUUUGUUUUUCUUGCACGUUUCCUUCUUGGAGCAAUCGCAGCAACAUAUUUCGUGCUCAUACCUAUUUAUAUGUGGCUAAAGGAUCAAAUUGUUCCCAAAGGUGUUGCAUGGUUGGCUUAUGUUGUCAAAUGUUUGGUAAAGUCCUACAAUGAGCGAAACUCUUGUUUUGUGAUGCUGAGACAUGGGCGCAAGGAGAAAGUCUUUGCUCAUUAUACAACAAAGACUAAAAUAGUUCUAAUCAAUUAA